UGCGUGAGCAGAUCUGCCUUGUCGCGGCGUGAUCGAAACGCAACGUCGCGCACACAAUUAUCACUGCCGCUUGCUCCAUGCAUGCAGAGGCAGCGUGCCUCUCUCGGCGUUCGUUUGUCCGUUAACGCAACGCUCAGACAAAAACAACACCGAUUUUCCUUCAUCAGAUUCAUUCAGACACAAAGAUUGUGAGAGGUGUAGCACUGUACCACUACCAUUAGUCGAGUAGCGCCACCAACCUACGCACUGUUAAAAAUGAACAUUAACCGCGGAUUAAUUCCCCGUCUCCAAGAGGGGUCGGGCCCACGCGUCGGCCCCUCAGAUGGCCGCCUGGGCCCGGCCUGUCAGGAAAAUUACCGUGGCAGGUUAUAUAUACGCGCGGCUUUACCCGGACGUCCCUGUCUCGGCAUUUCCCUUCUCACCAACUCCACACCCGCAGCCAAGUACAGUGACCAGUGUACUGCCCGCUCCCUCCCUCCCUCCUGGCCCUGCCGACCUUGGAUGCGCCAUGGCGUCCGCCGUCGCCAGCAGCAUGCCCGCCGCGGCCCCCGCCGCCGUCUCCUACGGCUGGCUCGGCCCGCGCCUCUCCUUCAGCCGGGAGGCACCUUUGGCCGUGGCGGCGGAUCACGGCAAGGCCUUGUCGCUGGAGAAGCCGGAUCAGCCUGCCCCGGCCGCGGCGUCCAAGGAGUUCAUCGACUUCGAGUUCAGCUUCGGCGGGUCGGCGACCAUGCUCCCCGCCGACGAGCUGUUCGCGGACGGGAAGCUGCUGCCGCUCCGGCCGCCGCAGCCCGCGUCCGUGGCGGCGCCGGAGGCUGAGCGGGAGCGGGAGAGUGUGCUGGCGGAGAUCCCGGCGACGCCUGAGCUGGUGAAGACCCACCGCCCUUCCGUGGCCGAGCCGUUCGACCCCUACGUGUUCUCCCCCAAGGCGCCGACGUGCUCGAGCCGCUGGCGGGAGCUGCUCCGGCUGAGGAAGGUCCAGACCCCGCAGAAGCCGUCUGCGUCGCCGUCGCCUCCGCAGUCUCCUUCGCCGGUGCCUGCGACUCCGUCAAGGGCGUCUAGCUCGUCGGCGGCCAGGUCCCUCAAGCUGCUCCUCCUCCAGCGGAACGGCGGCCGCGCGUCGGACCUCUCCGUGGCGCCGCUCCUCCGCGACAGCUCCGACUCGGAGGCGUCCCUCUCCCUCGCCUCCUCCCGCUUCUCCAUGUCGUCGUCGUCCUCCUCCUCCGCCCACGACCACGACGACUUCCCGCGCCACUCCAUCGACUCGGUCGACCUCACCCCGAAGCCAAGAAUCCGGCUCGUCCGCUCCCAACCCCAGCGCCAUUGCCACCCGCCCGCCUCCGCGCCACCCCAGCGCCAUUACCACCCUCCCGCCUCCGCCCCGCCGCGCGCCGCCCACAGCCCUGCCCGUCGCCGCGCCGCCACCCCGCCGCCGCCGUCCGUGGCCUCGGUGGACUCCCCGCGCAUGAACUCCUCCGGCAAGAUCGUGUUCCAGGGGCUCGAGCGCAGCUCCAGCUCCCCCGCCGGCAGCGUCCACUCCAGCCUCCGGUCCCGCUCGCGCGUGAUGGACCGGUCAUACUCCACGCCGGUGGUGCUCAACGUGCCCGUCUGCUCGCGGCCGUCGUUCGGGUUCUUCAAGGACAAGAAGGAGACGGCAGCCAAGGACGCCGCCGCGCGGCUGCGGUCGUCGCUCGGCCGGAAGGCCGCCCAUCCCACCGCCACCGCCGGCGGAAGCAGCGUGAGCGGUAGAGAUCUUGGCACCAGCAAAUGAAACUGACCUUGUUUUGACUAAGCUAGCUAGGUUUAGCGGUAGAGCAAGUAGCCUCCAUUAGGUAAUACAGUACUACUACUACUAGGCAGCAUUUCCUUUGCCAAAGAAAAGGGAACGAAAAAGAUUUUCGAGAGAGAUAGCUAGUUUGGAUUUGGAGUGAACAAGAGAUCCCAAGAUCGACGAGAAACAAACCGCGACCUCUGAUUUUUUGUGGUUGUCUUGAGGAGAAGCUGGCUAAUAAGCUAGAGCCCCGCGCAUUUUGCUCCUCGCCCCUGUAAAUUCUGUCUAAUGUGUUUCGCCAUCCUUUUCCCUCUCAACUUUGUGUUUUGUUUCCCCAAGUAUGCACAUUCGAUCCCGAGUUUGUUCUGAACUCCAACCAAUACUGUAUUAGGAGAAAAGAUAUGACAGAGAUUUCUGAAAA